CUCUCUCCCUUGAACAUGGUUUAUAAACUUAAGUUGGAGCCUUGUGAACUUCAGUUUCCAUCUCUCUCCCAUCACAACUUGUCGGAAAUUAUGCCUAGCACCCUGGGAAAAAACCUCAGUCUCUGCUUCACCAAGAUCAAAUUCCCACCAAGUAUUUCCCAUUCGUCCUCUUCCCCGCUAACCCCAGAUGAUAACGGCCGUCCAUUUCCCUCCACCGCCACCACAUCAUCACUCCUCUUCAAAAGCUACAACUCCCUCUAUGACAGCACCUUUGACUACUCAACCUCCAAAUCUUUAACCCACUCGUCCUCCCUCUCCUCCAAGCCCGAAUCUGACUCCGACUCUGAGCCCGACUUCGCCACGGUUUUUGCUUCACAUCGCUUCUUUUUCACUUCUCCAGGCAGCUCCAACUCCAUCAUUGAAUCAACACCAUCAUCAAUCACCACAACUCCGGAGUCAUCAGAUACCCUAUUAGCCAGUAGUUCCAGUCCCAUCAACAACGCAAAUCAAUCUUCAAACGACGGCCGCUCUGAUGAACCAAGGAACGUACAUAGCUCUGGUACCAUAGUUAAAGAUAGUGUAGCUGUCCCAACCGUCUCUCCAAACCCAUACAUGGAUUUCAGGAGAUCCAUGCAGGAGAUGGUGGAGGCACGUGACUUAAUUGACGUCAAGGCCAACUGGGACUACUUGCAUGAGCUUCUCUUGUGUUACCUUGCAUUGAAUCCCAAAAGUACACAUAAGUUUAUUAUAGGAGCAUUUGCUGAUCUUCUUGUUAGUCUCAUGGCGGCGGAGGGUGACAGCAACGACGGAGACGUUACUGAGAUUACCGGCGGUAGGAUUCCAGGGCAGUGCAUGUAAAAUGUGUAAUGUUUAGCAAUAUAUAUUGGGCCGCCAAUCAGAUGUUGAUUAUCUAAUCUUCUUAUAUUUAAUCUAGUAAUAUAUACAUGUGGGGAACAAAAAAUGGUCCCCUUUUUGUCUUC